AUGGAAAUCAAGAAGCACGCGCAGCCGCCAGUUUCAGUGAAACUUCCAGAAUUCUGGAAAUCGGACCCGGAGAUGUGGUUAGCGCAGGCGGGAGCGCAGUUCGACCUCGCAAACAUCACGAAGGAUGAAACUAAGUUUUACCACAUUGUGGCGAAGGUGGAUCAGUCAGUUAUCAGCCACAUCGCUGACUUGGUAUCGACUCCUCCUGCUCAAGAUAAAUAUAAAACAGUGAAGGAACUUUUGAUUGCACGCUUCGCCCUCUCACCCGAGUCCCGGCUGGAACGGCUCCUUGGAUCGUUCGAUCCCGGCGACAUGCGUCCCACACAUCUGUUGGCCAAGAUGCACGAGCUGGCAACGGGUCUCAACGUCAACGACAAUUUACUGAAGAUAUUGUUCGCGGAUGCCGUCACACAUUCGACCAAUUUUAACAAUUAG